AUAUCCUCGUCGCAGCGACGCUACCCAGAAACUCCACUCGUUGUCAUUUCCUCGUAGAGAAUUCCUCGGUCCUCUGCCGCUACCACCAUGCUGUCGCCGUCAGCAUCAUCGUCGUCGCUGCUGUUGCAGUCGCUGACGAGGUCCAUGGCCUCGCUGUCUCUGCCAGUGAGCGCAAGGCCCAUUGCCUCUUCCUCGCGCAUCACCACCACCUCGUUCCUCUCCUCGCAUCGCCCUUGUCUGGCAUCCUCGUCUCUCUUCACACCAUCCUCCUCCUCGUCGUCGUCCUCCUACCCCUCUUUCAUCGCCUCUCAGCAGCAACAGAUGAGGCACCGCGGCGAUCUCGCACCGCGUCGGACGAAAUAUCGCAAAGCGCACAAGGGCCGCGUUCCCAUCCCCACCGGCGGCUCCCUCAAAGGCACAACUGUCCGCAAUGGCCAAUACGGUAUCCGUCUCUUGGCCCCCGCACGACUGACCGCCAAGCAGCUACAGAGCGCAGAGACGGCUCUGAAGCGCAAACUCAAGGUGGUCAAAGGUGCACAAAUCUUCCUCCGACUUUUCCCCGAUAUUCCCGUCUGUGUAAAGGGAAAUGAAACGAGGAUGGGAAAGGGUAAAGGAGCAUUUGAAUUUUGGGCUGUUAGAGGAGGAGUGGGAAAGGUGGUGUUUGAAGUUGGGGGAGAUGUGGAUAUUAGAGAAGAAGUGGCCAAGGAAGGUGGGUAGUAGGCGGAGAGUGAUACCUUGGGAUGUGAGCUGAUCCUCAAGUGCUCUCUUUCCUCCCUCCUAUUCCUUUGCACCCUUGCAUGGCCACCAGCUCUCCGCCUCGCCUCGGCCAAGCUACCAGUCCCCACAGAGUUCGUUACACUCUCC